GGCAGCUAUAAGAGGGCGUCCCCAGGGGUGCUGCUGCCACCAACCCCUGCCUACUCCAACCGCCGCCAUGCUGACCGCCGAGGACAAGAAGCUGGUCCAGCAGGUCUGGGAGAAGGUGUCCGGCCACCAGGACGAUGUUGGAGCCGAGACCCUGGAGAGGAUGUUCGCCGCCUACCCCUCGACCAAGACCUACUUCCCCCACUUCGACCUGCACCAUGGCUCUGAGCAGAUCCGUGGCCAUGGCAAGAAGGUGGUGGCUGCCCUGGGCACUGCUGUCAAGAACCUGGACAACCUGAGCCAGGCUCUGUCUGAGCUCAGCAACCUGCACGCCUACAACCUGCGUGUGGACCCCGUCAACUUCAAGCUGCUGGCGCAGUGCCUCCAGGUGGUGCUGGCCGUGCACCUGGGGAAGGACUACACCCCCCAGAUCCACUCUGCCGUCGACAAGUUCAUGUCGGCCGUGGCCUCCGUGCUGGCUGAGAAGUACAGAUGAGCUGCCACCUGUGCCCGUGCGCCGCCAAUAAAGACUCUUUUGCCGCA